CGCGGAGGAUAUACAUAACCACUAUUGCCCCAGAGUCUCUACCAAAUCCGUCUCAAUGGUGACCAGUCAAAGGAUACUGAUCUUCGAUGCAGCAGUCUGUUCUGUAUCCUGCAUGCUCAGCCUGUAUCCUGGAAAGGUACCUAACGCGUCACACCGUCUGCACCUGAUAUAUCAUCCCACGGAAGAUCCGUCUCCUUACUGCCAAGCUUUGAUUAAACCAACUGCUCAACAGGGGUACUGGAGAUCGUUGUUAAGCAGGAAGUCCCCGCCGGAUUGACCUCAUACAUUCUCUACGAACUGAAAAUAAGUUAGUCCGAAAGCACUAUGAUCAUCUACUCAGAUACGAGCGUGACACCGAAGCAGAAGCCUUUUGGCUCGGUGACCGAUGUCCUAUUUCAGAUAAUCAUUAAUGGGGACCUGGACAUGGUCCCGACUCUCUGUCUCGUCAACAAAGCUACAUAUGACUCCACCAAAGUCCUCGAACCACAUAUCUGUGGUUGGUUCAUGUGUCGACACCAAGUCACAGGAUUCGACCGUGUUCUUCGGCUGGAUCGAAGGACAGGCCGUCCACGACCCUUAACAGUACAUUCACUCCUGAGAUUUGAUCGUCGCCGGGAUAUUGCCCAACGCAUCUCCCGUCACAUUGUCCCUGCAGUAUGGGGGCCAUUCUCGGACGAUGAUGAGAAUCUAGAAAUGAACUUCGACGCAGAGCUACGCCUUGCGCAACGCAUUGAGCGGGGCCUGUAUGUUUUGUUUCACAUGUCGGAUAUUGCUCGAGACAUGGAAAGAUCAAAACAGCAAAGGAGAAAACCCCUAGCUCCGGUGGCAAUAGGGCGAUUAAUAGCGCUGAGCCAGACAUUCGAUGAAUACGAUGGCCUCCCAGAGCAAAAAAGGGAAUCGGUAUCGUUUGAAAACUACGCUGACCACGUGUACAAGGUCCUAAAAUGGGGCGCGACGGAAGCCGACAUCGGUCGAAAGCGCCUGGAAUUCCGACGUCAUCUGGGCAGAGAACGAGAAAUUGAUCUCCACGUUGCUCUUCGGAUGAUGCGGGAGCGGACAGAAAAGAUGCUCCUUCGACACGGGCCCAGCGACUGGUUCCGUGACGCGAAGAACGAAUAUAGUGUGAUUUCAUGGUUCCUCCUGCGACAAUCGCCACGGACACUAGAGAAGCUAUUCCUCAGCGAUCCGGACCAAUGCUGCGACAUAGAAGGGAAGCUGGGUAUCGUGAACGGGGUACGGGUGUGCCAUUUCGCAGACCCACUGGACAACUACUGGAAAGCGUGGAAGGAGGAUCCUCAAUUGGGAUGCCAGGAUUGCGACUGCAAGCGACGAGCACGCAGCUGGAGCAUGAAGCCGGCCCUGAUUGAUGCUCGGGGGCGAGAACAUAAUAUCGCUGCAGAGAAGUAUCUCAAGGAGACGUGGAAUCAGCGGCAUGUUGGUCUUCAUCGGGCGUUUAUGACAGGGCAAUUUACUACUUUUCUAUAAGUUAUGUAUACUAGAUGAAUCAAUAACUACAAUUGUAUUCUAUGCCGAG